AUGAUGAGCUGAAGGGGCCUAGCUGGAAAUUUAUUUACGUUGUGUGUCGGACUUACUGGUUGCGGUUAUUCGGCUCGUAACGGUGUCGGUUAGCUGACCGCUGCAUUGAAGCCAUUUGUUGGACAACGAAUGCUCGGCUAUGUGUUGUUGUCGGUCUGACGCGGGGAGGCUUGACGGAGGCAAGUCCAUUAAACCAUGAGUCCUCCAGCUCUGCCUGUAGUCUUCUGCUGUUGUCACAGGAAAAUCUGGUUGCACUCAGCAGGACGUGAACACAUCAGUCUGCCACCCGAUUAUUAUCUGCCCCCAGAUGAUGCUAUGGACGGACAAGCAUAAUGAAUAGAUACACCACCAUCAGACAGCUUGGGGAUGGCACAUACGGCUCAGUCAUCCUCGGCCGCAGUCUGGAGUCAGGAGAACUAGUUGCUAUAAAGAAAAUGAAAAGGAAGUUCUACUCCUGGGAAGAAUGCAUGAACCUCCGUGAAGUUAAGUCCUUAAAGAAACUCAACCAUGCUAACGUGAUCAAACUCAAGGAGGUAAUUCGAGAAAAUGAUCACUUGUACUUUAUAUUCGAGUACAUGAAGGAGAAUUUAUACCAGCUGAUGAAAGAUAGGACCCGGUUGUUUCCUGAAUCUGCUGUAAGAAAUAUUAUGUUUCAGAUACUACAAGGGCUCGCAUUCAUUCAUAAACAUGGAUUCUUUCACAGGGACAUGAAACCAGAGAAUCUCCUGUGCAUGGGUCCAGAGCUGGUGAAAAUAGCCGACUUUGGACUCGCCCGCGAGAUCAGAUCUCGACCACCGUACACAGACUAUGUCUCGACUAGAUGGUACAGAGCUCCAGAAGUGCUCCUCAGAUCCACAUCCUACAGUUCACCCAUAGACCAGUGGGCGGUUGGCUGUAUCAUGGCAGAGCUGUAUACCCUCAGGCCUCUUUUCCCAGGCUCCAGUGAAGUAGACACCAUAUUCAAGAUUUGCCAAGUCUUGGGUACACCAAAGAAGAAUGAUUGGCCGGAGGGAUUCCAGCUGGCGAGUGCAAUGAAUUUCCGUUGGCCUCAGUGUGUUCCCAGUAAUCUGAAGACACUGAUCCCAAACGCCAGUCCUGAAGCCAUCCAUCUGAUGACAGACCUGCUUCAGUGGGAUCCCAAGAAGAGACCAGCUUCUGCCCAGGCUCUCAGGUACUCGUACUUUCAUGUGGGCCAGGCUUUGGGCACUCCUCAGCAGAUCCUGGAGCAGGGCAGACCUCAGCCGGGCCUUGUGCCGAUACAGGCUCCGCUGCAGUCACAGCAGUCGCUGCAGCAGCAGCCUCUGCUCCUGAAGCCUGUUCCCCCCUCCCAGCCUCCCCCUCCCAACCAACACUGCUCCCCCUCCAGGCCUCUCCAGCAGAUCCAGCCCUCCCCUGCAUCAGCAGCUGCCCAGGCGGCAGCUUACCAACGGCACACAGAGCUGGUGCGAGAGCAGCAGCAGCCAAAGCACAUCCUGAAGCAGGAACAGACCGAAGGAACGCCACAGAGCCAUCUUCCUUACAUUGUUGACAAGAGUCUCCAGAGCAAGCAAGCGAGACAGGAAUCAGAAAAUGCAAACCUGCUGAGCUAUCAGUUGAAACCUAAAGGAGCCGGGCGGCGGCGAUGGGGACACGGCACAGGACACCUCAAGGGUGAAGACUGGGACGACUACGAAGAAACCGAUUUGACAUCUAUAAGUAUUCUUGGAAAAAGUAACUUCUCCACAGAGAAGUCGAGGCAGGGGGAGGACGCACUGAGCAGAUAUGGAAAUGUUCUGGAUUACAGUCGCCCCAGUGGAAAGGAAGAUGCACCUUUAAACCUGAACAAGACUGCAGCCUAUCAAGAGCCAUCAAGAACUGCCUCCGCUAAGCAGCAUUACCUGAGGCAGUCAAGAUAUUUACCUGGCAUUAGUACAAAGAAGAAUGUGGCCAUAAAUGCCAGUAAAGACUUCGCGGGAAGCCAUCUUUGGGGCAGCAGUAGUAUUCCAUUUGGAGGUACUCUGCCGAGCAGAGGAGCACAUGGUACAAACACAAUCCCAGGUGGAUACAUGCCAUCAUUUUACAAAAAAGACAGCGGUUCUGCUGGUCACAGAGGGCAUCAGGGUCCUUCUAUGGAAACAGCAUCAAAUUAUGCAACGUGGCGGUCUGGCCGGAGUCAGAUGAACACCUCAACCAACAUGCCGGUGGCCAACAAGAGCACCCCUGGUCUGCUGCCGCGCCCGCCGCUACAGACCAUUCACGGCCGAACAGAUUGGUCUGCCAAAUACGGACACCGCUAGUGGCCUCCCUGGAGCUCUGAUCUGCGCCCCUAAGAACUCUGUCCCCUCCAAAGAGUAGGCCUAGUUGUUUUAUAAUCAGAAUCUGUACAUAAAUCUUACACAGCAAUAAAUUUUGUUUCAUUAUGUGUAUUAUGGAUGUUGUGAGUUGUAAAAUAUUUAAGUGUAUGAGUAAAUGCAACUGGCCAAAAUGUGAGCCCAGACUUGGUCCUCAGUGUUUUCUUAUGUAUUUCUGUAAUAUAACUGCUGUCCUGCAGAGGUCACACUCUCAGUUUUGUAUCGGAUCUAUCAUUGAAUGUCGUUCACAAACAUGUAUUACAUAUUAUGCAUAUUAUAACUUUAUGAAACCUUCACUGUGACUUGUUUUUGGCUAACUAAUUACUUUGCCUCUGUACAGUUCAGUAUUUUUUUUACAUUCCUCCCCUUUUGUUUGACGAUUGCCUUGCUCAUCAGGUAACUAUUAUUGGUGUAUUAUAUGUUUUGAGUGAAAUUCAAGGCAGUGCCUAAAUUUCACUGAAGUUCGCACAAUGCAAGUGGUUGCCACAUUGUACAGGUUUCAGUUUCAGCAGUAAAAUGUUCCAAGUUAGUCCAUUCAGCCUACGUUUGGCCAAAUUAGGUGUACUUAUUAAAUUGCAGACUAUCGAGUAUAAUUAAACUUUUGACUGGC